CAGCGGAGCCGCCAAAGUGUCUAGACUGCCAUGUGACAGGGAACAGCCAAUGGGAAUGCUUUCAGUGGGCCCGAGUGAGUGAGAGAGGGUGAGCACAAAGAGCAGGGAUCAGUGUGUGCAGGGACCGGAGCAACAGAGUGAAGCGCCUACUGCUAUCGGGGAAGCUGAGAGGAACCCAGGGGACCGGAGCGGGGAGCCUACUAGGAAGUGUGCGCAGUGCAAGCCGAUAGAGAAAGGAAGCCUGUGCGGGACGGUAGCAGCAAUGUGCAGUGUGUGAGAGCGCCACAAGCCCGGCUGCAGUAGGCUGCAAUCCCCGGGAGUGUAAGGGCUAGAGCCGUGCAAAUACCCCGCAGCCCCGCUCUAUCCAGCGUUCAGCAUCCUUCUCCGGAGCAUCCCGCUGCGCCCAGUCUCCGUGCCCCUGCUGGAUGCCCUGUGCCGUGAGUACCGCCAUGUGACAGCCGUGGGGGUUCCGUCUGGAGAAGCAGCCUUCCGAGAUGUGACCCGGGAGGGGGACACCCCAAUACGUGCCCAGCCGACUGACUCUCUAUCCGUGCGGGCACCGGAGAGACUGGCACAGGAGAGAGCGCUCUUCCCCCAUGCCGACCCUUCUAGUUGGCCCCGGGCACUGAGGCACCGGAGAGCCGGGCGCACCCUCGGGGGCGCGCCGCAUGUUCAGGUCCAGACGCACCGGGCUGGUUCGGCGCCUGUGGAGGAGCCGGGCGGGCGGGGAUGGAGGUGUCUCUUGCUGCGGUCUGUCGGAGCAGCCCUCUGGCUCCCCGGAGCUCCGCGCCGCUGCUUCUGCGAUCCUGAAGCGACUGAAAGAGCAAGCCCUGUGCGCCCUGCUGGAGGCCGUGGAGUCCCGGGGUGCAGCGCCCGGAGGGUGUGUGUGUGUGACCCGACACGGGCCCCCCCCUCACCUGCUCUUGUGCAGACUCUUCCGCUGGCCAGAGCUGCAGCAUCCCGGGCAACUGAAAGCCUUGUGUGGGUGCCAGGGAGCCGGGGGCUCGGAGAAUAACAGUGUGUGCUGCAACCCCUACCAUUACAGCAGGGUGUGCGGACCGGAGUCUCCACCACCACCUUAUUCGCGCCUGUCUCCGAAAAUUGAGCAGAAGCCUCUAGAUCUCUCCGAUUCAUACACUGAAAUGGAAGCCUCCAACUCACUGUGCAUCACAGCUGGAGAUAUAUCUGGUACGUCGGCAUCCAACACAAGCCUGUCUCCUGACAUGAGCAAACAGGGCCACUGGUGCAGCGUUGCAUACUGGGAGCAUCGUACUCGCGUGGGCCGUCUCUAUGCAGUGUGCCAGCCUUCAGUAAGCAUUUUCUAUGAUCUACCUCAGGGAAGCGGCUUCUGUCUGGGCCAGCUGAAUCUGGAAAACCGGAGUGAGGCAGCAGCCAGGACACGGGGGAAGAUUGGACUUGGAAUAGUACUGAGCCGAGAGGCUGAUGGUGUGUGGGCUUACAACCGCAGCGAUCAUCCCAUAUUCGUCAACUCACCCACCUUAGAUGCACCUGCCUGCCGCCCCCUAGUGGUGAGAAAGGUGAUGCCUGGAUACUCCCUCAAAGUGUUUGAUUACAAAAAGUCCUGUGUUCUGCGGCAUCACCCAACUCCACCAGAACAUACAGAUGGACCCUAUGAUCCCCACAGUGUCCGCAUCAGCUUUGCCAAGGGCUGGGGCCCAUGUUAUUCCCGCCAGAUGAUCACCUCUUGCCCCUGCUGGCUGGAGGUCCUACUGGGACGAUAGUGGCCUGUGUUGGCUUUAUCCCUAAGGAAGGAUGUGUUUUUUCUUCACUUUGAGCAGAUAACAGAGUGUGUACGAGCCAAUGUUUAACUCUUCCCUGAAAGAGGGGUAUGCAGGUAUUUAAGCAGCUAAUAGCACUGCACAAUAUGUAUUGACAACGCAUUUCACACCUCUCUGUCUGAAGAUGGUGCCUUUGGCAGCAGUUACACCUGAAAGAAUUAAAGUGAGAAAGGAAUCCAGCUCUUCCUUUUUACAUAGAAUAAUUGCAGCCUCUCAUGAGACCAGCAGAGGCGCAUGUUAUUUGCUGCAUGCUGUACCUUCAGCAUUGCUCACUUGUGCCCACUGCUUGGGUCUCCAUCACAGAUUGGGUUAAAGGCAUGCCUCCCUCUGCCCACAGAAUGGUGCUGUCUUCCUGUUGCCAUAAUACAUACAUCAGGUGCCAUGUUGUUGAAUUCCUUUGGUGCUGCAGAACUGCAGAAUCCUUUGCUAUUCAUUUUUCUAUGCUAUUCUGCCAUGUGAUGAAAGCCUCUAGAAGUUAUGGGGUUCAUUCUUCUGUUCUGCAGCACAGAGUAAAACUAACCCAUAAAAACCACAGAUUCACCACCACAAAGGACUCUCACGAGCAUCAUGAUCUAGAUUUAAUAUAAAAUGUUUAUAUAUUAUAUGGAAAUAUAUAUAUUAUACCUGUAAAUAUGGAGUCAUUUUUACAAUGUAAUUAUUUAUGUAUGGUGCAAUGUGUAUAUGAACUAAAAUACAAUAAAAUGCACUUUGGCUUUUA